AUGACUGUUGAAAUUGAGCAGCUGAAGGCUAUGGUAGAGAAGAUGCAGUCGCAGGUGACGCGGCUGAGUGAGGACGUUCGCAAACUUCAGUACACAUACGGCUACUAUCUCGACAAAUGUCUCUACAAAGAGGUUACCGAUCUCUUCUCCGACCACCCAGAUACCUGUGUUGAAUUUCUUGGAGGCCGCUAUGAUGGCAAAGCGGGCGUCAGGCGCCUCUACGUUGGCCGCUUCGCCAAAAUAUUUGUAGCUGGACGAAACGGACCCGUUCACGGCUUCUUACUCGAUCACCCUCAAAUGCAGGGCAUAGUCGACGUCAAUGCAGAAGGCACUCGCGCAAAGGGUCGCUUCCGCAGCAUGAUGUCCGCCGGCACACACGAAAGCAUCAAGGACACACACCCUCGCGGCCUGGUACAAUGGUGGGAAAGCGGCGUGUACGAGAACGAGUACAUCAAAGAAAACGGCGUUUGGAAGAUUUUCAGACUCAAGUAUUUUCCCUUUUGGCAUGCGCCCUUUGACAAAGGUUGGUCCUACACCAAACCGAAUCACGUGCCAUUCCCGAAAACAACCUUCCCGGAGGAUCCCCUCGGACCAGAUGUUUUGUGUGAAAAUCCAAUGCUCUGGCCGGAUACCCGCGUUGUGCCGUUCCACUACACUCAUCCCGUCACUGGUGAGCAGGUUGCAGACGACGAUUUGAGAGCGCCCCAUUACGGGAAGGACCCGUCGACAAGUACCCCCCCGUUAGUGUUAAGUAAACCUCGGUCGGAAGUGAACGGUGCACCGUAG